UGCAGUUGCAGAUCAAUUGAACUGAAAAAACAACUGCUUUCUAUGAGUUGAAAACCGCAAUUCAGUCCUUGCUGUCAAAUAAGUAAACCUGAUGGAAACGAAUAAUGUAUUUAUCGUUUAGAUCAUUUUUUGCACAUAUUUUAUUGCUCUGAAUAUUAGUUAAUUUUGACAUGGAGGAAGUGGAGUCAGCAGAGGAGCUGUUAGCCAAACAGCAACGCAAGGAAAAGAAAGACCUGCAAGCAAAAAUACAAACUAUGAAAAAUGCUGUUCCCAAAAAUGAUAAGAAGAGGAGGAAACAGCUGACAGAAGACAUAGCCAAACUAGAGACUGAACUCGAUCAAAAACACGAAAAUGAGCUCAAACAUCUUCAGAACACUUCCUCGGUGGAGGAGGUUUCAAAUGCAUUGGAAUCAGUGAGUUUGGCAAAUAAUGAUGAAAAAACGGAUCCAAGCAAGCCAAGUCGGACAUCUAAAGCCCAGAAGAAGCGGGACAAAAAGGCUGCUCUUGAGAAGGAGCGGGAGGUCCGGAUUGCUGAAGCGGAAGUGGAGAAUCUCAGCGGCUCCCGUCAUCAGGAGGGUCUGAAGCUGAGACAGAAGCUGGUGGAGAAGCACCUGCAGAUCAGAGAGAUCUCUUCUGACGGUCACUGCAUGUACCGCGCUGUGGAGGAUCAGCUGACGGAGAGAAGCACCACCCUCAGCCUCAAAGAGCUUCGGGCUCAAACAGCUCAGUACAUGAGGAGCCAUGCAGACGACUUCCUCCCGUUCCUCACCGACCCCAAUUCAGGAGACAUGUACACUGCAGAUGAGUUUGAGAAAUACUGCAAUGAUGUUGCAGACACAGCUGCUUGGGGUGGACAGUUAGAGUUAAAAGCCCUUUCACAGGUCCUCCAGCUACCGAUAGAAGUCAUUCAGGCAGAAUCCCCCUCUAUUAUUAUUGGUGAAGAUUAUGACAAGCCACCAAUCACAUUAAUUUAUAUGCGGCAUGCUUAUGGACUUGGUGAGCACUACAACUCUGUGGAGCCUCUGAAAGAUUUGGCAAAUGAGGAAGAGGGUUGACCCAGUCACUGACACGCAUUAAUAAUACAUCUGUGCAUAGUUACCCCGUAGAAAUGGACCUUCUGGAGUUUGAUUCCAUUUUGCUAGGAUGAGUGAAAUUAAGGUUGUUCAGUCAGGAUGCUCAUAGAAGAUGCUGAAAUAACACAUGCUGCUGGUGACUUCAGUUGCAUUGGACAAGUUUAAUGAAAUAGUCCAUGCUUCACAGUGUUAUUUAUGAAUAAACUGUUAUGUGCUUUGUGUUAUCCGUGGAAA